GCAACUUUCCUCACCUGAAACCCCGCCCUUCUGAGCGCUCUUCCGCUUGCUGAUUGGCUUCUGAGAUCUCUCCUGGCCGCUGGUUGGCUGUCCCUGGCGAGAGAGCUGGAGAAUUCGCUCUUUACAGAGUGGGGCGGAGGCGCGCGGGCAGAACCCACAAAGACAGACCAGCAGCCUCUUACCACAGCGCAAGACCUAACGGAGCUACUAUACCGGGGAACUAGAACGGACAGGGCUCCAGGAUGUCUCCGAGGUCUCGUGCGUGAAAAACCACAGAAGGAACUAUCGAAACAGAUACUGCAAAGCGAGGCAGGAGUUUGAUUGCAAGGAAAAUCUGGAUAUAACAGUUCAUUUUAUUAUUGCUUUUGGAUAAGUUGUUUCCAACUUCGCUUGACGGGUUGGAGUAGGUUACCAACUGUGCUUCCAGUGGAGGAUUUCAUAUUGGCGACCGCGCACUCUGAAGUGGACUAAAGUUUCCCCAGUACCCGGUGGACUACCCUACCAGGCAACGCCCGGAACCCGAUCAAUUGAUAACUUUGGAACUUUUCCUCCUCGUGACAAUGAGUCGGGCUGUGGACGCUCUUGCGGCGGUAGCGCUCUCCCUCGCGCUGCUGUGCGUUCCAGGACACCUUGGUCUGGUGCGUGCGUUCGGCGAAGAGACAGAGGAGAUGACGUGCGACCCGAUACGCAUCGCCAUGUGCCAGGACCUGGGCUACAAUGUCACCAAGAUGCCCAACCUGGUGGGCAACGUCCUGCAGUCAGACGCGGAGCUCCAACUCACCACCUUCACACCACUCAUACAGUAUGGCUGCUCCAGCCAACUGAAGUUCUUCCUGUGUGCGGUGUACGUGCCCAUGUGUACAGACAAGGUUCCCAUCCCCAUCGGGCCGUGUGGCAGCAUGUGUCUGUCUGUCAAGAGGAAGUGUCUGCCAGUCCUAAUAGAGUUUGGCUUCGUCUGGCCAGAGCUGCUCAACUGCAGCCUGUUCCCCCCUCAGAACGACCACAACCACAUGUGUAUGGAGGGUCCGGGGGACGAGGACGCCCCUUUCCACCCCGUCCGACCCCUGCCCCCCCAGGAGGAGGAGUGCCAGGCCCUGGGGGCCGGGCCAGACCAGUAUGCCUGGGUGAGGCGGAGCCACAGCUGUGCACUGCAGUGUGGGUAUGACGCGGGGCUGUACCGGCGCGGGGCCAAGGUGUUUACAGACGUGUGGAUGGCAGUAUGGGCAGUGUUGUGUUUCCUCUCUACCACCCUGACCGUCCUCACCUUCCUCCUGGACUCAACACGUUUCUCCUACCCCGAGAGACCCAUCAUCUUCCUCUCCAUGUGCUCCAACCUCUACAGCGUGGCCUACCUGGUGCGCCUGACUCUGGGUCGGGAGCGUGUAUCCUGUGACCUGGAGGAGGCAGCGGUACCUGUUCUGGUACAGGAGGGGUUAAAGAGUACCGGCUGUGCCAUCGUCUUCCUCCUGCUCUACUUCUUUGGCAUGGCCUCCUCACUGUGGUGGGUGAUUCUGACUCUGACCUGGUUCCUGGCUGCAGGGUUAAAGUGGGGUCACGAGGCCAUCGAGAUGCACAGCUCCUACUUCCACAUAGCAGCCUGGGCCAUCCCCGCCGUCAAGACCAUCGUCAUCCUCAUCAUGCGACUAGUAGACGCUGAUGACCUCACGGGGCUUUGCUACGUGGGUAACCUACAGCAAGAGGCCCUGACGGGCUUCGUGGUCGCCCCGCUCGCCACCUACCUCCUCAUCGGGACACUGUUCAUCUGCGCCGGCCUGGUGGCCCUGUUUAAGAUCCGCUCCAACCUGCAGAAGGACGGGGCCAAGACGGACAAGCUGGAGCGUCUGAUGGUGAAGAUCGGGGUGUUCUCUGUGCUGUACAUGGUACCUGCGUCCACCGUGAUAGGCUGCUACCUCUACCAGCUGUCCCACUGGGGGGACUUCAGGGCCAGUGCCAUGGACUCAUACGUGGCAGCAGAGAUGCUGAGGAUUUUUAUGUCUCUGCUGGUGGGCAUCACGUCGGGCAUGUGGAUCUGGUCGGCCAAAACCCUCCACACCUGGAAACGGUGCUCUGCCCGGCUGUGGAGGGACGGCCGGGCAGGGAGGGGCAAGCGGGCACCGGGGGACAGCUGGAUAAAACCUGGCAAGGGCAAUGAGACAGUGGUGUGAG